UGUGAUACCUUGUGUCUUGCCGAUCAACAUGAGUCCUGAGUCCUGACCGGUCCUCUGAUGCAAGGAAAGUGGGAGGGAAACGAAAGACCUUGUACGGAUGUUAAAAAAAAGUGCGUACCAAUUGCAAACAUUUGAUUGUCUCCUUUGUCUUUAUUUUCCUUGGGUAUUUCUAGCAAGCGGAGUCUUGAUAAGCUUUUUUUCUUGUAUACCCUUGUUUUUUUAUCUUGAUGUUAUUCAUUUUCAUGCCUUUGAAUGUAUAUGUGUUGUUGGAGACAAGGAUGUAAAUAUCCGCAAACAUCCACACCGGCCGUUGGAGACGUAUAUAUAUAUAUGCAUACUCUCGCCUCAGUUGGCUCAAGUAACUCCUCUACUUCCAUACCAUACAAAGCUCAGAAUUGAUCUAUACAAUAUCCUUCAAAAUGUCGUCACCAUUCCUCGACGAAGAUAAAGAGACGACCAUGUCACCAGUUCUCCUAGGUGCUUCAGCAUUUCUCGCCCUAGCCUACGUUGUUCGAGCUUUACUUGCUCGACCUCAAAGGUUGGAUUUGCCAGUAGUGGGCAAGCCCGAUGAUGCUAACUUUGAAGCGGCAUUGCUUGAAGGAACUGCAAAAGUAAGAAUUUCCCACGCCAUGAUGUCCUUCCUUUAAUCCUAGCAUACAACUCACAAGGAACAGUACCCCAAUACUCCCUACAUCAUCCCAAGUAUUCCUAAAUUGGUCGUACUCCCCAUCUCCACUCAUGACGAGUUACGCAAUCUCCCCGAAAACAAAGCCUCUUUCGUGCAAGAUAUAUCCCACAUAUUUUUUGGAAAACAGACAGGACUCGGUGAAAACACCCCCCCUUUAAUCAAAGCUAUCAAGACCGAUUUGAACCGUCACGUGGCAUCUACUGUCGAAGCUCUUCAAGACGAAACGCGCUAUGCAUUGGAUGAAUUCGGUAGUUGCGAAAAUUGGACCAAAGUUACUGUGGCGGAGAGAAUGGCCAGACUAGUCGCGUUACUGAGUGGUAGAGUUUUUGUGGGAAAACCGUUGAGCAGAAACGAGGAAUGGAUUAAGACUACUCUUGAAUAUACCGUGGACGCUGUGAAGGCGAGGGACGAAGUGCUCCGAUAUCCGGAAUUGAUUCAAAAUCUUGCGGCACCCUUCUUACCACAGAUUAGGACGGUGAAACAAAAUAAGGCUAAGGCGGCACAGUUGUUGAGACCGAUUAUUGAGGAGUGUAUGCGAAAAUUCAAGGAAGGGAAGAUGGGUGAUAAGGAGUCCACUGACGAAUUCGAUGAUAAUCAGGGGACUUUCAUCAGCUGGCUUUUGAAAUGGACAGAUGAGAAGAAUAGAGAGGACCCUUUUAUGUUGGCGGACAGUCAGAUGACUUGUAAGGCUUCAUUUCCUUUCCUCUUUUUAUGCUUUUCUGUUUCGAAGCCGACUUUUAUUACUUUCUCGGGCUAUGACUGACCAAGAAAAGUGUCUUUUGCUGCUAUUCACACAACGUCCAUGGCAAUUUCGCACGUGCUAUUUGAUCUUGCUUCUCACCCGGAAUUCAUUGAGCCUCUUCGCGAAGAAAUCGAGCAAGUGAUUGCAGAAGAUGGGACCGAAGUUGAUGGCAGCGGAUUGAGAAACUUAAAGCAGCAGUCAUUCACCAAAUUAAAGAAGUUGGAUAGUUUCUUGAAGGAAAGUCAGAGGCUUAACCCUCCAACUUUGGGUAAGUUUAUAGCAUCUAUACUACUUUCCGACACAUUUCAGGAAAGAGUGCACAUGGAAGUAGGAAACACUAGGAAUUCCUUUACUAACAAAUCCUAGUUGCAAACUUCCGCCUAACUACUUCCACCCUCCACCUCUCUACUGGUCAUGUCAUUCCCAAGGGAACCCGCAUAUGCUACGACGCCCUCACAUUUAACAUGUCCAACCCCGACCUCUCUACCAUUCCCCACGACCCUUCCGAUGUUACCUCACUUGACCCACCUACCACCUUCUCCCCCUUCCGCUGGUCCUCACUGCGCGCCACGCCUGGAAACGAAUCUAAAUUUCAAUUUGUAACGACAAGUAAACAAAGCAUGAAUUUCGGACACGGGGUAUGUUUACCGGCUUCUCUGAAUAUCUUGUUCUACACAUCCAAAUCCUAUCCUUAAUUUUAAACCAACUUUAAUGUUUCCUUACGCACACUCCUUUGUUUUUCUAACACAGUUUUGAUUCUCCAUUUUCUUUAAUCCCAUUAAAAAUCAUUCAUCAAUAGCAGUCACUGACUCCUAUCCUACAGAAUCAUGCAUGUCCCGGUCGGUUCUUCGCAGGUUUCGAGAUUAAAAUUGUGAUCGUCGAGUUGUUAAUGAAUUGGGAUUUCAGACUGGUGGGCGAUGAGGAGGGAAAGGGGGGAUCCGGAAAGAGACCUAAAAACUUUUUGUACGAUGUUAGCGUCGUUCCAGACCCAACUGGCCAGCUUGAGUUCAGGAGGAGGAAGUUCUAGGAAUCUACGGUCUGUGGAAUAGCGAACUGAGCUGCGGAGAGGAGGUACGGAUGAAAAGAAUGGUUUAUAAGGGUGCAUUUAUAGAUGGGAAAUGGAGUUCAGGAUCUUAGAUUAUUGAGUGAAUGGGGUUUUGAGGUUCUUUCGACUGCUUUUUUCUUUUGUUUUAUAUAGACUUUCUUACUCAUUUUGUAUAUAGCGAAUUCCACUCUUUUGAGAAACCAUCAAAAUAUAAUAACU